GGCUGAUGGUCUGGAGAUUUUCACUAUCAAUUUUAAACCUUUUGCAAUCUUGGAUUGGAUGUAGAAUUUUAUACGAUUCAUCCACCCCACUAUAAUCUUUAUAGUGGAAUGCUUCCAUCAUCAUAUAUUAAUAGAUAGAUUCCACAUUUCCACCUCAUUCCAGAUCACUCACUCAUCCACAUACUAACAACUUUGAUUCCACCACGCCACCCCUUCCUUCCUUCCUUCCAUUUAUAUCUAUAUCUUUCCCGUGAAACUCUUCAAGAUUUUUAUAAAACAAACAAUGGCAAACAGAAAAACUCUCACUUAUAUUGUAAAUGCCAAGUGGGUCUCUAAUCUUUCUUUCAUCCGACGGUUCUCAUCGUCGUUGCAGCCACCGGAGCUUCCUCCGUUUGAUUACCAACCGGUUCCGUACAAAGGCCCGUCAGCCCACCAAGUGUUUGAGAAAAGAAAAAAGUUUCUUGGGCCUUCUCUGUUCCAUUACUACCAGAAGCCACUUAAUAUAGUUGAAGGGAAGAUGCAAUAUUUGUUUGAUGAAGACGGGAGGCGAUAUCUUGAUGCGUUUGCGGGGAUAGUUACGGUUUCUUGUGGUCACUGUCAUCCAGAAAUUUUGAGGGCUAUUGAAGAACAGAACAAGCUUCUUCAGCAUGCUACAACUAUAUAUUUACACCAUGCAAUUGCUGAUUUUGCAGAGGGAUUAGCAGAAAAGAUGCCUGGGAAUCUAAAGGUGGUGUAUUUUGUUAAUUCUGGAACUGAAGCAAAUGAGCUGGCAAUGCUGAUGGCACGACUGUAUAGUGGCAAUCUCGGGAUGAUUGCCUUGAGAAAUGCAUACCAUGGUGGAAGUGCUGGAACGAUUGGAUUGACAGCUUUAAAAACAUGGAAGUAUCCGAUACCACAGGGUGAAAUUCAUCAUGUUGUAAACCCUAAUCCUUACCGUGGGGUGUUUGGCUCCGAUGCUAGUCUAUAUGCUCAAGAUGUACAAGAUCACAUUGAUCAUGGUACGUCAGGAAGAGUUGCCGGUUUCAUUUCUGAAACCAUUCAGGGAGUUGGGGGAGCGGUUGAAUUGGCCCCUGGAUACUUGAAAAUGGUAUAUGAAAUGGUACGUAAAGCGGGUGGUGUUUGUAUUGCUGACGAAGUUCAAACCGGAUUUGGUCGCACAGGAAGCCAUUACUGGGGGUUUCAAACCCAAGAUGUGAUUCCUGAUAUUGUCACUAUGGCUAAGGGAAUUGGAAAUGGUUUACCGUUAGGAGCUGUGGUUACAACACCCGAAAUAGCACAAGUAAUGUCGCAAAAAAUACAAUUCAACACUUUUGGAGGGAACCCGGUAUGCUCGGCCGGCGGUCUUGCUGUGCUCAAAGUUCUUGAUAAAGAAAACCGUCAAAAACAUUGCGCCGAUGUUGGUUCCCAUUUAAUCACGCGGUUGAAGAAUCUUCAACAAAAAUAUGACAUAAUUGGAGACGUGAGGGGGAGAGGGUUGAUGGUUGGCAUUGAGCUUGUGACUGACCGGAAAGAUAAAACGCCUGCUAAAGCCGAAACUGCAGUUUUGUUUGAAAAACUACGUGAGCUAGGUGUUCUGGUUGGCAAAGGUGGAUUGCAUGGGAAUGUUUUCAGAAUAAAACCUCCUAUGUGCUUCAACAAAGAUGAUGCAGAUUUUCUUGUUGACGCGUUGGAUUAUUCAAUGUCAAAGCUGUGAUUGUUGGGAACUCAAUCUGUGGUCAGAAGUCCCGAGUCAUGUGAUCUUCAUGCGAAAUAUCAGCUUUGAAACGUUAGCCAACCUGGCUAGUUCCUAUCCCGCGCUUUAAGGGUUGUGUUACUGGUCGCAUUUUCAAAUACCUUGAUGAAUCUGCUCUGUUUUUAUUAUUACUUCCUUUUUAUUACAGACAUUGUCCUGUCAUUCAAAACCAGGAAUAAAGUCUGGGCACAUGAAAUUACAUGGCUCGCCCCUUUUGUCA